CGCCGCAGACAGAAACAUGUCGAGCUGCUCCUGUGUGUCGGGGUAAAUGUCAGACCGGUCUUAAGUGUUUUAUUUGAAGCGCUCAGUAACUCGUGUUAUCACUUUUCCUGGCGGAGCAUGACCUUAUCUCAAACAGGGCGUGUGGAUAUAGUAAACUUUGCAGGACUGGCGGCUAACAGCAGCUAACAGCAGCUGACAGCGUUGGUGCUACUUUCUGCUUCCCACCCUCCAGGCAGACUCAACAAUGCUGCAGCUAGGGGAUGAAGUGGUCCUGUACUCGGUCGUCUUCGUGGUCGUCCUGCUUGGGACCCGGAGCCCUUUAUGGACAACCGCCCUCACCUCCUCACUAUACCUCUUUAUGGUCAUGUUCCGGUUCCCCCAGGUACCGAGCAGCCGGGCCCAGCAGGUGCUGCACCCAGCCAAGGGCGCGGCAGGCUCCGGCAAGGUGUCAGUGGUCGCCCACCGGGGUGGUGGGCACGAUGCACCGGAGAACACGCUAGCAGCCAUCCGGGAGGCCAGUAAGAAUGGGGCGACAGGCGUGGAGUUGGACCUGGAGUUCUCGGCAGACGGGGUGCCAAUACUCAUGCACGAUGAGACUGUGGAUCGGACCACCAACGCGUCAGGAGCACUCAGCCAGAUGAAAAUGUCUGAGUUGGCUAAACUGGAUGCAGCUGCUAAACAUCGACUCAAGGACAAGUUUGCCGGUGAGAAGGUCCCAACAUUGGAGGCGGCAGUGGAGGAAUGCAUCAAACUGCAGCUCACCAUCUACUUUGAUGUCAAAGGUCAUCCAGAUGAGGCGGCCGCAGCCCUUAAAGAACUGUAUAAAAAACACCCAGUCCUCUACAACAGCAGCAUCGUCUGUUCAUUUGAGCCCAAAGUCAUCUACAGGAUGAGACAGAGUGACCCAGAUGUGGUCACGGCAUUGACCCACCGGCCUUGGAGCAUGAGUCGGUUCGGAGAUGGUGCCCCACGUUUCACGUCACUAUGGAAACACAAUUGGCUGACGCUAAUGGACAUUGUGUUGGACUGGGCACACCAUCACAUACUAUGGAAGCUCUGCGGCAUCUCAGCCUUCCUCAUACAGAAGAACUUUGUCUCGCCGGACUAUGUCCAGUACUGGGCACAGAGAGGGGUGGAGGUGGUAGCCUGGACUGUCAACACAAAAGUGGAGAAAGAGUAUUACCAAGAGCUGCUGAAAGUCAACUACAUCACAGACAGCCUUGUGGAAGACUGUGAACCCCACUACUGAGAAACACAUGAACACAUACACAUUAAAAAGAUCUAAAUCUUUCACUGUCUACUCAUUACCAAUAAUGUGGCAUCAGGUAAGAAAACAUAUGCCGCUCUCUUCAUGCACACUUUCAUUACUGUGAGUGUGUGGUUGUCUAUUUGAGGCAAUCAAACUGCACAGACUGAGUGCCAUACAAGAGGCCAAGUAACAGACACGUUGAGACACGUGAGACAGAUAUUCUCAAACGUACUGUAUUCAACAACUCAGGACUACAAUGACAAGUUUUUUUCUUGAUAAUCGUGUCUUUCAUGCUUUCUUUCAAGACCUAUAACGUCCAACCUGUACUGUCUGUUCUUCUGACUCGGUAAAGGCCCUCAGUCUGAAGUAAACUACCUAGAAAUGAUUCUCACCACUCAUGAAAAAUGAAUAUUUACUAAAUAAACAUUUUAUAUCUUUGAUUAUAUUAAUAUAUUAUGCAACUGAAAUCUAGAGUAGAAAACAAUUGGCAUACAAAUAGUUGUAGUACAGCAGGUUUAUAUUGUACAUACACCAUAAAAUAUCAUUAUUAUACAUUUUGAAAUUACAUUAUUUAAAAAAAAAAAGGUGAUCUUUAUUUUAAAAAUGAUGGUAAUGGACUGAGACUUCUGGACUUCACUGUAUCUGUAGAGCGGAUACCAGUGACUCGACACAAGUUUACUUCUGUUUAGCUGCAAGAUGGAAAAUUACACUCUAGGGCAAUUUAGUAACCCAGUACUGUAUGUGUAAACACAGUUGGACAAUGCAAAGGCAGGAAGAGUGAAUUCAGGAGAUUUAAUGAUGCUUUAGCAGGCUGGAGUAGAUCUGCAGGAACGUGUCCUCAAAGAUGACAGCUGACAGUACUUCUGACACAUUCAGCAGCAGUAGCACCUUACAUGUGUUGUAAAGGUGUUGUACACAACACGUGAUGGACGUGUGUAAAAGCAGGUGUGAAUGUAAGGUGUGCCAGUGAGCUUGAGUCUGCAAUAUCGGGACCCAAGAACUGAAACCUACAAAGGAUUAAUAAUAUUAAUCACAUCUGUGUUUGAAUUAAAUUCACCAUUAGAGUAGUUUUCAGAUGUGACAGUUGCUCUGAAAUAAGUCUGUUUAUAUACUCGGAUAUCAACCUCAUAAGCAUUUGAUUGAUUUGUUUCAUUUAAUUCAAGCUGAUUUGACACAAUUAUUAAAAAAUAAUUCCUGAUUUAA